GGCAAGCAGAGGUGAUUACUGUAGAGGAUGAUAGAUGUAAUUUCCUAUGAAAAAUCUGCCACUUAGUUACUGAACUGAUUGAUUAACGUUAUGACAAGUGAUCUUUUGUUGAGGACUGUCUUGUUAAACUGCUUUGAAACGUUUCUGCUUCAGUGAUGUCUCGACUCGUCAAGAAGUCUCCAUCGCUUUGUACGGAUCUACCAUUGGACAACUCUGAUAUCUGUACCAAGCUUUAUUUGCUGAGGCAGCUUCUGAAAUCGUGUUUUGGUCCAACAGGUAGACUUAAACAAGUUCAUAACAAUAUUGGAGGACACGUUUUAACCACCUCCAGCUCCUCCGUUCUGCUUCCAGCCAUUACCUCCUCGCAUUCGUUUAUCAAUCUGAUAAAAACUUCGAUUCUGAACCACGUUUCUCGCUUCAGCGACUGCGGUUUGUUUGCGGCCAUUCUUUGUUUAUCUCUUAUUGAGCAAGCAAAACAGUCUGGUCUCAGUUGCAAUGUGGCUAUCAGACUGAACAAUUAUUUGCUGGGAUUGUGCACCGGUUACCUACAACAAGACGAUUGUGGGUGCAAGGUUAAGCUCGACUUCUGCAGCAGUCAUAACUUGAUCACAUUGGCCUGCAGUAUUAUCUCCAGCAAACCAGCAUGUGUGCUCACUGAGUCCGAGGCACUUCACAUCAGCAAAUUGGCUGUACAAGCUUUUUUGCUGACAGUUCCCUGUCACUGCCCAGGUGAAGUCAGCCUUGGCAAAACAGUGACCAUCUCUUUUGAAGGCCAUCCUGUGCUAAACUCUGCAGUGUUUCCAGGUCUACUGGUGGAAGCGCCUGAUGUUUCAGGCAUCGACGAGUCAGAAAACCUACGUUUAAAUCCAUUGCGCAUGGUGUUGUUCAGCGCAUCUCUUGCUGGAGACCUUUCUGAACUGGGAGAUGGGACAUUUGACGUGCACACAGGUGUAGACACAGACUUGCAGAUACUGGAUCAGCUCCUGGAGCUCGUCAAACAGGUGGUUGAAGAUGAAGUGAAGCUCUUUGUGUGCCAGAAGGUCAUCCACCCAGUUGUGCAGCAACACCUAAAGAGUCAUGGUAUCAUAGUGAUAGAAAGACUGGGAAUCCCUCUCAUGGAGACACUUACUCAGCUGACAGGAGCUCAACCUGUGGCCACAUUGCACACCACAAUCCCAGCCAAGGCCUACGGAGAGGUGAGGGAUCUCCGGAUCAUUCACUUUGGAUCCAGGACAAUGCUGCAUUUACACCCUCCGCCGGAAUCGUCGAUCUGCACGAUGAUCAUUUGCCACAGGAACGAGACUAUGUUAAGUGAGCUGAAGGUGGUGUUCCAGAAGACUGAGCAUGUGUUGAGGCUCACCCUGAGAGAACCAUCGGCCUUACUUGGAGGUGGGUGUACAGAGACCCACUUAGCUGCCUACGUCAGGCACAAGAGCAUGCAAGAAGUCCCAGAGACCUUAGCGGCCCUCGGCUGCUCACAGACGGAGCUCCUUCUGGGCGUGGGCGGUUUCUGUCGCUCUCUGGAGUCUGUCGCCGCAGCGCUGGAGCACGACGGAGGGAAUUCUCUUAUGGAUGUGACUCACGCUCACCACUGGAUUCACCCUGCAGAUGUCACGAAAGAACACGUGGAUGAGAGCUUGGGCUUCUGUGGCUGUGGACUGAUGGAAGGUUGCCCAGAUCAGAGGCGGACUUACCUAAACACCAAUUAUGCACCAUUCUCACCUGCACCUCUGUCUAGAGAUACAACUGUGCAGCCACGUGUCCUUGACUCCUUCACGGCUAAAUUGAAUGCCUUGCAGGUUGCUGUGGAAACGGCUAAUCUUGCACUGGAUGUGCGAUAUCUAAUUCAAGAUAUGAACUAGUAAGAUAGGGGUUUUUCAUCCAGGAUGGAAGUCAUGGUUGUAAUUGUUAAAAUGAGGAAUGCAUGCUGUUUGUUGUUGUAAUAUUCCCUUUAGACACUAGGUGUUCACCUUACCUUGUGUAAGAAGCAGAUUGAAUCUGUCAGUGCUAGGGGGAAACCGCUGUCUUAUUAAUGUCUUGGGAUUUACCUCUUUGUUAAUGUAUUUAUGUUAGAGAAAGUAUACAAAUCUGGCAAAAGAAAAGCCAGUCUGGCCGGGACCGUCCUCCCCGGAGGAGGGAGUCCCAUGUGGCAGGUCUAUGUCUUCUUGUGAUAGACGAGUGAGUUUCCCACAGCUGACAUAGCAGUGCAUCUCGCAGUGUUGCAGUUACAUUUCCCUUUUAAUACUAAUCUUAGUUGUUUGUAUGUUUUUAAAUAGACAGCCUUGUGUGUUAAAAUCUGAUAUGCAAGUGCUCCCCUUCACAGCGUUCACAAGCUUUUCUUGAUGUGAUGUUUUCCACCUUGGAAUGAAGGCUUAAAAUUUAAAGUGUCAAUUUUUUAAAGUUAUGAUUGGAACAAACAGCAUUGCAUUUAAUCUGUUUUGAAGUCAUUGCUGAAAUCAUCCCUUUUUUUAUUCAGACACGCAAAAACGUCCAAUCUCAAAUGGCUGGUCUAGCUCUGAUUAUAUUAACAUAUUCUUUUACUCUUAAAGGAAAUCUGGGGUGAUUAUGGAGGAGCUAAUGACUAUAAAUGCACCUUUUCCUGUUCUACACAUUAACAAUGAUUGAAACUUCAGUGUUUAAGUAGCAGUUCGAUGAACGUGACCCUAAUCAUUCCACCUAACAAUCUGUCAAAACAUGUGACUAUAGAUCAUGACCUGAUCCUGCUAGUCUGGAAACACUUGUGAGGCAGCUGCUUUGUUAGCUGUAUUGAAGCAGCUUUUUCACUGCAUCCAAAUUCAGUUACAUAGAUGCAUGGAUACAUUUUCUUAAAGCAUUUUUACCAAUUCCUUUUAAGUGGGUCGGAUUUUACAGACUUGUGUUUUCUAUUGUUUUUUCUCAAUUAUCAGUUUAUAUUAUGUUCAGUGUUUGUUAAAACUGUUUUGGGAGGUGUUGCUUCAAUUUCCUGACCAUUUUUAUGAUGUAGCCUCU